ACUCGCUCAGAGUCGGCGCCGACGCGAUGGAGAGCGGUUGCACCGCCGUGCUGCGCGUGAAGCGAAAGCGGAGCGCCGAGCCCGCCGAAGCCUUGGUGCUCGCUUAUAAGCGCCUUCGAGGCGGGGAGGAACCCUCUGAGACCCAGAAGGACCUCCCGCUUAGGCAGCUAGAGGAUGCGGUGGAGAAGAAUGUCUUCCAGUUGGUGGCCACCGUGCGCUCCCAGGAGGAGCCUUUCCAGCCGCUCGUCCGGGCCGCCUUGCGCCCAGCGCGGAGCAGCGAGCAGCGCAUCCGCCGCGGUCUCCGCGCGUCGGCUCAGAAGAUGAGGCUGGAGGGGCGCUACCGGGUGGUCUCCAGCCACCGUUCCCUGGGGUCGUGCUCGGGUCGCCUGGAGCCGCCCCAGGAGGGCCGGGGAGAGCCAGACGCCGCUACUACGGAGGACCCCGGCUUCCAGCUGUUUGACCUGAUCCACGAGGAAGGAGACGCAAAGGAAACUGAUGGUGGGAGUGAUAAACCCUCCAACCCAGAUGUGAUCCUCUGUAAUUCCAUAGAACUGAUCCGGGAGCAGUUGACAAUAUCAGAAGAUGUUCCCAGAGUUGGGCCACAGGAGGAGCAGAAAGACGACUAUGUGUAUGACAUUUACUACCUGGAAAAAAACAUUCCUGGGUGGAUUGAGAAUGUCCUCUCUGUGCAGCCUUACAGAGAGGAGUGGGAGCUGGUGAAUAACGAUGAACCUUCAGAGGACAUUUAUGAGGAUGAGGAUGAUGAAAACAGUGAAAAUAACUGGCGCAAUGAGUACCCAGAUGAGGACAACAGUGAAGCUGAUUCCAGAGACUCAUGUGAUUUUGACAACAUCAGCUUUAGUGACGAUGAAUUCUCUUUAUCUCUGUAUUUUGGGGAUAGACAGAAAAUGUAUCACUCUGAUGAUGACUAGCUGGAUUCUAACUCUGGGCCUUGUGGUAGCCAUGAGGACUGUGACUGCACAGCUCUGUGACUUCAGCCAUCCGAGCAACUUUCUCUGGUUUCCUCAUCAGCUUGUCGAAGGAAAAUGCCUAACCAGCAGUACAUUCCACCACAGUGAGACUUCUGUGGGAGUGCAUUUUAAGAUAUGAUUUUCCACCUAUCUCCAGGAAAAGCCUUUUAGUUCUGAUAAA